AUUGAGAUGAAAUCUGUUCCAUACGUAUGUUAUGGUAAUUGUUUAUACAUUGAGUCUAAAAUAGCUAAUGUCACAGGCAUUUCAGGAGUUAAUAGUAAAGGUUCAGUAGAAUAUAAAUCCUUCUGUUAUGCAGUCAAUUCAAUGUUCAUUCCAAAUGUUCCUGUCAUAGCAACUCAUUUAGGUAAAUGGGUUCGCAUUAGUCCUCAUAAUUUGAAAGACAUGCAAUUCAGACUUGUUGACUUUCAAGGAGAGCCUGUAGAACUGAAGGCACCAGUGCGAAUGACUGUUGAAGUUGACUUUUUAGAUAAUAUUAAAUGCAACAGCUUACAAGAGAACUCAGAGCUAAAAAUAUAA